AUUGGCGCUAUAGACGGAACGUACAUUAAAAUUGAAGUACCUAAAGAAAAUUCUAAAGAUUAUAUAAAUCGAAAAGGAUACCAUUCCAUUCAACUUCAGGUGGUGUGUAAUCACAGGGCAAUGAUUACUCAUUGUUAUGUGGGUUCUCCAGGAUCAGUUCAUGACCAGAGAGUCUUCAGACAAUUGGAAGUUGCUGAAUAUUUAAAUGAUGGCAGUAAAUUUCCUUUUGAUAAUCAUUUAGUUGGAGAUUCUGCGUAUGAAUUACAUCAACAUCUCUUGGUUCCAUUUAAAGAUAACGGACAUUCAACCGCUGCACAAAAAAAUGUCAAUUUCCGUCAAUCGUCUGCAAGAGUUGUUGUUGAAAGAUGCUUCGCACUAUUAAAAGGCCGUGUGCCGUAUGCGUAGUUUAUUAUAUUGCUUGCCUAUGUCUCGAAUCGAUCUACUGGCUAUAAAAGAAAUAUUAUUAUGAAUACUUUCUAAAGACAUUAUAUUCAUGAUUACAAAAUACUUACAAAAUCCUUGAAUUUAUAACUUAAAUAUAAAAUAGUAAUAAUAUUUCUAAGAAGUAGGUAUAAAUCAUUUUUAGUAAUUUAAAUAAUUUAGCAUUAAGUUUUUGUAUUUAAGUAUAUUUUCUUAUUAUUAUACACAGUAAAAACAAUAUAUACAUUAUUUCAUAUAUUAUACAAUAUUAUAAUUCAUUUAUGCAUCGAUAAAUAACCUUAGAUGUUUUCCAUGCGGAGAUAUGAUGUCUGUAUCAAUGACCCCCAACUUCCCCUAUAUAAUAAUACAAUAUAAUCAUAAAGUUGAUCAGGUAAGAUUAUUCCAAACUUCAAAAUGUUGGCAGGUACGUCGAUCGUUGCCAGAUUUGGCAUUGUGAUCUUUUAUUGAUUUAUACGUUUAUUUUAAACUUAUUAAUUUUGAAGCACAUGUAGAGUUUUCCAUCACUAAAUUUCUUUUCCAUUUCUUGAUACUAUCCCCUCGGAUUCGAUAGGAACUGAUGGCACUCACACCCAACAAAUAGAGUCCAAACGAAGGAUUGGAUGCGGGGAAGAGUCAAUAUGGUAUCGUACUGACCUGUCAAAGUACACCAAGU